UUAACAACAGAAGUUACUUAUUUACGACAAUUAGAAAUUUUAAUGGAGUAUUUCAUACAACCUAUGUUUAAAAGAAAAUUACUUGACCACAGUUUACUUUCAACAGUAUCUGAAAAUAUAAAAACAUUGUAUAAUGUUAGUGGAGAAUUGGUAAAAGAAUUAAAAGAAGAUCCACAAAAUAUUGCAGGUGCAUUUUAUAAACUUGCUCCAUUUUUUAAGUUAUAUUCUGUUUAUGCUUAUGAUUAUGAGCAAGUUUUAUCCUUACUACAGACUAAACAAGAAAAUGAUCUUCCAUUCAAAGAUUUUAUUAAUAAUCAAGAAACAAGACCAGAAGUUGGUAGAAAAUUACCUUCAUUAUUAAUUACACCAAUACAAAGGGUACCUAGAUAUAAAUUACUAUUACAAGAAGUCUUACAACAUACACCCAAUAAACAUAAGGAAUAUAAUCUCCUACAAGUAUGUUUAGUAGAAGUUGAAAAAGCUGCAAGACAUAUAAAUACUUUAAUUGAACAACAUGAAGAAACACAAAACUUAUUGAAACUCCAAAAAUGUAUUGUAAACUCAAUUAAUUUGGUAAAACCUGGUAGAAAAUUAAUUAAACAAGGAGCAUUAAUGAGAGUGUCCAGACGCGGAAGUUCUACAUAUAGAAGAUAUUUCGUUCUUUUAAAUGAUAUUUUAUUGUAUUGUAAAGGUGAUCCACAAAACUCAUUAACUAUAUGUUGCGUUUUACCAUUAAAUAAGUGUAAAAUUGAAUCUGUUUUGAGUGGAGGAUUGUUUCGAGUUACUUGUUUAACUGAAACGCUUUUACUCUAUUCUGAAAAAGAUGAUAGCAAUUUAUGGAUGGAAGCAAUACGAAAUUCUAUAAAAAAGUAUGCAGAAUGUAGACAAACUUUAAGAAAAGAUAGCAGUUCAAGGAAACCACUAAGACAUAAUAAUCUUAAUCUAUUUCCAUCUGAAAAUAUACCAAUAGUUGCUGGCAAACGAAAAAGACCAAAUGAAGAAACUGAGAUUAAUUUAGAUGGAUCAAGUAUAAUGUAUCUCAAGAAAGACAAUGAAGCAGAUGCAGAUAUGCAAUCAGAAAAUAAUUGUUUACUACUGUUAAGGAAAUUUAAAAGAUUUAAAAAUAACAAUAAUUUUGAACAUAUUAAGUCUUACAAACAAAAUAUCUAUUAUGAUAUUACAGAUAAAGAAAAUGUACACUUUACAGAACGUAAUUCAUCACGUUUAUCUUCUAUUCCUUCUACAAAUUUGAAAGAAGAACCAUCAACAUUUAAAUCUAUCAGUGAAUUCUUCUUAUCCCUUGGUUCAUCUUUGAAAGAAUUCUUUAAAUUUAGAUGA